UUUAUCUUUGUAUAGUUGCGAGUUACUAUUUGAAUGAAACAUCAGUGGAAUCUCUUAAUAGAUACAUUUUAUUUUUGUUAUUUUGCAUUGUUUAUUUUGUUUAUUUCUAUCAUUGUUGUUUACUCUACCAGUAAAAAAAGCAGUAGCGAAAAAAUGGCUGCUUUGGUGGUACAAUCGCGUUUCGCCGGGUUGAAGAUCGAGGACGACGACUACCCGUCUUCUAGCGACAGCAAAAACAAAAAGUCCAAGGGCGCCGCCGCCAAGAAGCCUGAUCCUCCCAAGAAAGCCAAAACUAACACAAAACCACAGAGUGCAAACAAGAAGAAGAAGUCGAAGGCCGCCAGCUCAACUUCAGAACAGUGGGAGACCUGGAAGCAGAAGGAUGAACAGCUGGUUGAUGGCAACUUUGAGUCUGAACUACAACAGGCAAUUCUCCUGUCAAAGCUGGACUAUGAAGAAAAGAAGGAUGUGUACAAGCAGUUCAAGAAAGAAGCGGAGAUGGAGAAGAAAGUUGUCGAGACCAAAUCCAGCAAGAAGCAGAACAAGAAGAAAAACGUCAUGAGCCUCGACCAGUUCAACGAUAUGAUCUCUGGGGAGGAGCCUCGAUUCAACCACGAAGAUGAGAAACAACCGGUAGAGGACGCAGAGUUUAACAAAGACACGGAGUUCUUUGAAAGGGUUAAGGACGAGGCCAAGAACGAGCUACUAAAGGACAAAAUCAUCGACAGAGUUCGCAAUAGGAAGUGCGUGUCGGAUGAGGUCAUCACUCGGGUACAGUUCGCGGAUGCUCUAGAGAGAAAGGACAAGGAGAUACAAGCUCUAAAAGACGAGAUAACGGGACUGAAGCAGGAGCUGCUGACCGUCAAGAGUAGGAACAAGAAGCUCUGCAAUAUUCUUGGACAGGGUGAAAUGAAAGACAAAGCGGAGGUGUUGGUGGAGGUGGAGCGGCUGCGCAGCGUGCAGAGCGAGCUGACGGCCGAGCUGGCCGCGCUGCACAGCGACCUCGAGCGAGAGCGCUCCAGGAACGCCGACCCACGCGCCAAGGACAAGAAGAAAAAGAGUGCGAGUGACAAAGAGAAAUAGCGCCAGGGUAUGACUGCUGUAUUGAAAGAUAGAAACACACGUAUAUCGAUGUAAUGUUUGUUUCACUGAUGUCAUUGUUAUGAGUUUAUGGUGUACAGCCUGCCACACAGUGAAGUUACUACAAUAUUUGAGGAUAAGAAAGAGAAAAGUAUACAUUUAGAUUGACUUCUUUCAAUGAGAGAGUGAGACAAAACAUUUGCAGGUUAUCUCUGUUAUACUCGUGUAAAGCGAUUAAAAUGUUUCGAUAAUGCUGUAGAAUGCGUUAAUUAGGUACUUAAUUUACAAAAUAUUUAAACAAAAAUGUUGUUUGACACGGAGUCUAUAAAGGCCGUAUUGAAUAUUUUGUAUAAAAGGCAGUUCGGCAAUUCGACCAUUCCAUAUUUUUUGUUUGACAUAACGCGAUUCACGUGUACUAAACAUAAAUCAUUCUAUCAAUAUAUUGAUAAUGACGGAAGCGCCUUUUAGAAAAAUCACAUUUUGAUGUGAAUUUAUAAAACCCUAUCCACCUUACAAAUAAAAAUAAACCACGGUUGAACGUGGGCUUAAGUAUUUGACAGCCAAGCAAAAUUGAAUCCAUUAUCAUUCGUAGAUUAUCAUACAAUUCGACUGAACUUUGCUUGGCUGUCAAAUACUUACCAUCUUAAUACUUACGUGGGUACGUUCAUCCUUGGUUUAUUUUUUAUUUGUAAGUUGGUAUUUCUUCCAAUUCAUUUCAAUCCGGGUAAAAAUUUAGACCAUAAUUUUUUACUUGGAUUGAAACUAGCUCGUAUAUUGCGAGGUUUUGUUAACAAAAGAUACACCUGAAUGUGAUUUUUCAAGAAGGCGCUGACCAUCGCUUUAGGGCGAUAAAAAGACCGGGAACUAUAAAACUAGAAGAAAGUCGCUGGAACACAAGAAGCGAGCAUUCCUACUAUAAAAUGGUACUACUGCUACUAUUUUUCUAGCUCUGUUUAUACACAGGUCUCAAUCCACCUUUAUACUAUGAUAUUUAAGUCUGUAGAAAAAUGCCAAAAUGCCUUUGUCAAAUAAAUAUCAAAUAGCAGAAUUGUAUUUUAGGUGAAAUGCGCAAUGUGGCAUUUUUCGACCCCCAGAUCUUCCUUUAUUACAGCGCCCAGAUUGGUAAACUAAGUACUUAACUAAUGUUGCCAUUCUUUCUUUGUCUCUCUCCUGUUUAACCUAUAUUGCUUUCUCUCUCUUAUGGUAAAAUAUUAUAGUAUACUCAAUGUCGAACGGGCUUAAAUUAAAAGUAUAACUUAUUGGAUUACCCUACUAGGGUUUAUGUCGUAAAUAUUAAAUAUUUAAGCUGGCAACACGCCAACAUCGUAUUAUUACCGUAUGGCCCAAAGGACUUGAUUCCGGGCCAUAACCUUAAAAAAAAAUUGUUACCGUAUUAUACGCGCGGAUCAGUGUUGUAGUACUUAAAUAUUAUUAUAUGUCGUAGUUCGUAAACCGUCACAGUUAAAACUGGUAGAUAUUUUUAUAUAUCUAGCGAUAGUUUUGCGACAACACAACAAUACGUAUCAGUGAAACAUACAGUACCAGUGCAAAGAUAUUAAAUUUUAAGAAAGGUCAAUUUGUGUAUGUUUUGUAUUCGGUGCCAAGGAGACGGCAUAUUAUUACUGUAUACUGCAAUCAAUGUCUUCACGUUGAAUGACUAUUUAAUUUUCGAAUUUGUAAGAUCUCUAUUACUUUAGUUAUAAUUUUUACAUAGGCUAGGUUAGUUACGAUACUCAAAUGUUUUAUUUUUCCACAUGACUUGAUAUAUUUAUGACUUGUAUCGAAUCUAACGUAACAUAGGUACUGGUCUACUGGUACUAAAGAGAUUAUUAGUAAUAUUUCUGUGAUUAUUUAAACAACAAUUCCAGGCUAUAAUUUUUCAUAUAAAUGUUUAAAAUAUGAAA